AUGGCAUUACUUUUAGUUUGUGACUCGGGGAAAUUUGGACAGCACUGUACAAAUACGUGUGGCAGUUGCCUAAAUGGGGCGGCUUGUCAUCACAUCAACGGCACGUGUCUGACCGGAUGUGAUCCUGGUAAGAAGGGGGACGACUGUAAAACAGACUGUUCUCCUGGUGAAUAUGGUCCAAACUGUGAGAACAAGUGUGGUAACUGUGAACAUGGUACCCUUGCAUGUAAUAGAACUGACGGAUCGUGUCCAGAUGGAUGUUUGGUAGGGUGGCAGGCACCACUGUGCAAGAACGUUUGUCAACACGGCUGGUAUGGACAGAACUGUGCUGAGAGGUGUGGGAAGUGUCGAAAUGGACAUACCUGCAACAACACCAUUGGGACUUGUGAGGAUGGUUGUAGUCCUGGAUGGAAGGAGUCUUUGUGUAAACAGGAAUGUUCCGCGAGAUGGUAUGGCAACGCCUGUCAAGAGAAGUGUGGUUACUGUGCAGGAGGAAGGAAUUGUCAUCACGUCCACGGCACAUGUUUCAAAGAUGGAGAAUCUCAUCGGUGUGAUCCAGGCAUGAAAGGCAUGAAAUGCAAAACUGAUUGCAGUAACACUGAGUAUGGGCCUGACUGUAGCCAGGUGUGUGGACGAUGUUUUAACUCUUCAUGCGAAUCGGUGUCUGGUAACUGUACUGAAGGGUGUCUUGACGGAUGGACAGGUGUUCAGUGCGUCGAAGAACUUAUUGCUUCCGAAUUGACGAUCUCGUUAGCUGUCAUCGGCACUAGUAUCGUAUUGGCAAUACUACCACUGGUUGUCCUGGUUUUCGUGAUAAAAAUGAGAAGACGACACCAUGAACUCAACUAUUCACGGAAUCAGGAGAUAGGUGUCCAGUAUGAAAACACGGCAGUCGACAUACACAUCGAUUCAGACCCGAAUCUAAUAAGUCAGAGGACGUAUGAAGACACGGCAGCGGGCACACAUCUUCAUACGGAACCAAAUCUUAUAAGUCAGAGGACGUAUGAAAACAUGGCAGCGGGCACACACAUGUAUACAGAACUUGAAAACAUGGUAACGGACACACACAUGUAUACAGAACCAACACAAAAAAAACAGAGGCCGUAUGGAACCUUGGAAGAGGACACACACAUGUAUACCGAACUUGAAACCAUGACAGCCGACACACAUAUAUAUACAGAACCAAUCCAUACCAAACUGAUGAAGAAUGAAAUGGUCGGCAAUGUCACUCGAGAACAAGAACCACAAAGUGGAACAAUGGCAGAAAACCUUAUUCUUGAAAUCACCAGAAAAGAGGAAUCAAAUGAGUUUGAAAAGGAUUUAAAAGAAAUUUUGACUGAUAGCCAGUUCACUUGUGAAGAGGCAACCAAGGCUGAAAAUAAAAGCAGAAACAGAAACAAGACUACACUACCAUAUGACCAUUCCAGGGUGCAGUUGGAAGGAAAUCGAAGUUACAGCAAUGCCAGCUAUAUCAAGGAUCUGAGGGAGACAAACACGUAUGUGGCAACACAAGGUCCGAAAACUAACACUAUUGGCGACUUCUGGGAAAUGGUUUGGCAGCUGGAGACGGGAAGGAUAGUGACGCUGACACAAGGCAUUGAACAAGAAAAUCCUACAGUUGAAAAAUACUGGCCCGAUUUUGGUUCUUCAAUUGAACACGGCAGCCUGAAGAUACGUUUUAUAUCUUCAAAAACGUAUGCAGCAUACACAGUUCGGGAGCUGAGACUGGAAAACGUGAAUUCUGAUGAGAAGAGAGUAAUCAGCCAAUUCCAUUUCACUAAGUGGCCGGACCACGGGACACCUGACGUCAUGCAUUUUGCGCUCCUUCUGCUCCAUGUGAAUUCCAUCAGUUCAAAGUUUUCCGGACCAAUGGUUGUCCACUGCAGCGCUGGCGUUGGACGUACAGGAACAUUUAUUGCACUAGACGUCUUGUUCCAAAACGGGAAACUCACGGGUAGGGUGGAUCCACUUGCAUACAUAAAGAGCAUGGGAAUGGAUAGAACGGGUAUGGUGCAGACAAAAUCACAGUACGUGUUUAUAUACCGGGUCUUGGUGGAGCUUUUCCUCAUUGACAACACUUAUCUGGAAAUCGGCGAUUUCAGUUCUAAAUGCCUAAAUUCAUCACGCCUCCUUCGGGAAUACAAGAGACUCACUGGCAAUCGUCCAACCAUACCAAUAUACCAAAACACGGGUAAAAACAGAGACCCCGAAUUAUUGCCAGGUCCUGCAAAAAAGAAAGACUAUAUCAACGCCGUGAUCCUCCCGAGUGUUCACAACUAUGAGGGAUACAUAGUUACACAGUGGCCACUCCCGGACACUGCUGGUGACUUCUGGGCCAUGAUAUACGACUACAAGUCUACAGCUGUAGUCAUUCUGGACAGCGAUGCUGACGAUCCAGACCUGAUUCCAUCACAGGAGGACUCUGAGGUAACAGCAGGGAAUUUUUCUGUACAUACUUUGAGUAGCCCUCGUACUGUAGGUUCCAUCUCCGUCUCAGAAGUCUACCUUACUAAAGCAAGAGAUGAUAACUCUUACCAAAUCAAGAUAUUCAGAAUGUGUGACUGGCCUCAGGACAAACAAACAUGUGUUGAGGGUUGUAUGAAGCAAAUGGUGAACGCCUCACAGGAAUGUCAGAGAAACACCGUUACUCAUGGUCCCAUCACCGUUGUAUGCAGGAAUGGGUCUUCAAUAUGUGGAAUAUUUUGCACCGUUGCCAAUGCCAUAGAAAACAUCAACCUCAACCAGAGGACAAGCCUGAUUCAGGUGGUGAGACAGCUCCAGCUUCGAUGUCCGUCUUUCAUUGGCACUUAUGAAAGCUACGUCAUAUGCAAUCGAGAAGUAAAGUCACACUUCGCCUCUUUGUCAAAAUAAUAAACCUUCAAAGGACCAUCCACAAAGUAUUGUUUUCAAUACCAAAACUUCGAGGGACCAUCCAAGCAUUGAUGUUUUCAAUAUCAAAACUUCAAAGGACCAUCCGCAACUUGAUGUUAUCGAUACCAAAACUUCAAAGGACCAUCCGCAACUUGAUGUUAUCGAUACCAAAACUUCAAAGGACCAUCCGCAACUUGAUGUUAUCGAUACCAAAAAUAAGAAGGUUAAUCUACAAAAUGAUAUUUGUGAGAGACCAUCUUUUUCAGAGCAUAGUUCCAACAUUUUGAUAGAGUAGUAUUUGGUAUCAUCCUAACAUACAAGCUAUCAGCAACAAAUGUGUUAUUCUUUUGAUAGGAAAGAUAGUGAAAUACCCUUUAUUGUUCAAUGCUCACACAUUUACAAUAUGAAUCUUUUAAAAUGAAAUAUGUGGUAUAUAUCUUGUGAAUCGAUAAACAGUCAAGCUUGUAUAUAAAGGCCACUUAAUUGAGCAGAGAAUGUGGUAUUUAUAGUAUGUAUGAUUAAAUUUCGUUCGGGAGUAGAACAACUUUUAUAGACAGCCAUUUUGGAUUAGAGGUAAUUGAAGGUUUUGAAGGAAAUCUUUACUCAGUAUAGUAUGUUUAACACGCGAUUUUACAUGUGUUGUAGCCCAGUAGUGGCAUGGUGUAUUUGUUUAGACGGGAUUAUAUCUCUUAUACGUCAUUUCAAAAUUAUCUGCAGUUUUGAGUAAUGUAGAUAGUAACACUUAAAUGGGAAACUUGCUGUGAAUGUAUUCAAUUGUAAAGCGGUUACGGUUGACUAAUUAAUGCCGGUGAAUAAGAUAAAAAUGUGAAAUCUAAAAAAAAUAAAAAUGAAUUAAUAAAUAAAAACCAAAUAGAAAAAAAAAUAAUGAACGAAAAAGUGUAAUAAAUCUAACGAAAUUUUUCAUGAAGUUAAUACCACAUUUACUGUUGACGGCAUAAAGACGUACAGCACGUCACUGUAAUACAUCUGUAUAUGUUCAGGUGUGUUAGAUAUUUGAUGAGUUUUACCGUCCAAUCAAUAAAGACGUACAGCACGUAACUGUAAUACAUCUGUAUAUGUUCAGGUGUGUUAGAUAUUUGAUGAGUUUUACUGUCCAAUCAAUAAAGACGUACAGCACGUCACUGUAAUACAUCUGUAUAUGUUCAGGUGUGUUAGAUAUUUGAUGAGUUUUACUGUCCAAUCAAUAAAGACGUACAGCACGCCACUGUAAUACAUCUGUAUAUGUUCAGGUGUGUUAGAUAGUACUGUCAAAUCAAUAAAGAAUCACUAUUACAAAUUACCAUAUGGCGGUACAAAAGUGCAUUGAAUCAUGAAUUGGACAUUGUUAUUCAUAUGUAAAUAAUUGUUUUGCUUUAUAUCACCUUUGGUGUAUUCAAAUAUAUAUAUUCAAACAGUUAUAUCUUUAUUAACCCUUCUUGUACUGAUAUAUGUAUGAAUAGUUUUAUAAAUAAGUUGAAUAACGUAUUGCAUUGAAGCAUUGGUGUUAAUAUUAUUAGUUUCAUAAGGGUAUCAAACAAAUUAUUUGCAAACUGUAUGAAUACUAAUAUAUCAAUAGUUGUAAUAUUACCCAUAUUGAUAUAUCACUAGUUCUAAUGUUACCCAUACUGGUAUAUCACUAGUUCUAAUGUUACCCAUACUGGUAUAUCACUAGUUCUAAUGUUACCCAUACUGGUAUAUCACUAGUUCUAAUGUUACCUACACUGAUAUAUCACUAGUUCUAAUGUUACACAUACUGAUAUAUCACUAGUUAUAAUAUUACCCAUACUGAAUAUAUCACUAGUUCUAAUGUUACCCAUACUGGUAUAUCACUAGUUCAAAUGUUACCCAUACUGGUAUAUCACAACUUCUAAUGUUACCCUACUAGUAUAUCACUAGUUCUAAUGUAACCAAUACUGGUAUAUCACUAGUUCUAAUGUUACAUACACAUACUAAUAUAUCACUAGUUCUAAUGUUACCCAUACUGAUAUAUCACUAGUUCUCAUGUUAGCCAUACUGACAUAUCACUAAUUCUUAUGUUACCCAUACUGAUAUAUCACUAGUUCUAAUGUUACCCAUACUGAUAUAUCACUAGUUCUAAUGUUACCCAUACUGAUAUAUCACUAGUUCUCAUGUUAGCCAUACUGACAUAUCACUAAUUCUUAUGUUACCCAUACUGAUAUAUCACUAGUUCUAAUGUUACCCAUACUGAUAUAUCACUAGUUAUAAUGUUACCCAUACUAAUAUAUAUCACUAGUUCUUAUGUUACCCAUACUGAUUAUAUAUCACUAGUUCUUAUGUUACCCAUACUGAUAUAUCACUAGUUCUAAGGUUAUCCAUACUGAUAUACCACUAGUUCUAAUGUUACCCAUACUGAUAUAUCACUAGUUCUAAUAUUACCCAUAGUGAUUUAUCAAUAGUUCGAAUGUUACCCAUACUGGUAUAUCAUUAGUUCUAAUGUUACCCAUACUGGUAUAUCACUAGUUCUAAUGUUACCCAUACUGGUAUAUUACUAGUUCUAAUGUUACCCAUACUGAAUAUAUCACGAGUGCUAAUGUUACCCAUACUGAUAUAUCACUAGUUAUAAUGUUACCCAUACUGAUAUAUCACUAGUUCUAAUAUUACCCAUACUGAUAUAUCACUAGUUCUAAU